UUCAGAGAUUCAUCAAAUCCCCUCCUUAUCUUCUUCUUUCUUCUUCUCUCUUUCAUUCAUUAUCAACCAUUAGCUCACCAACCAACUUGUUGCAUCUCCAUUUCUGUAGGCAUUUCUCAUAGCCUUUCCUCAAAACCUAAUCUUCUGUUUAGCUACUCUAAGAAGUGCCAGACAAGCAAAACAAACAUCCUCUGUUUUAAUCAUUCUGUUUCUGAUUCUGAUUACUUCCCCUAGUAUCAAUCAAAAACCUCUGUUUUUUUUUAUAUUUGCUAUAUUUGAAGAUGAAGAUACAGUGUGAUGUGUGUGAGAAAGCUCCGGCGACGGUGAUAUGUUGCGCCGACGAAGCUGCUCUCUGCCCUAAAUGCGACAUCGAGAUUCACGCUGCUAACAAACUCGCUAGCAAGCAUCAACGCCUUCAUCUCAACUCUCUCUCUACCAAAUUCCCUCGUUGCGAUAUCUGCCAAGAGAAGGCAGCUUUCAUUUUCUGUGUAGAGGAUAGAGCUCUGCUUUGCAGGGAUUGCGAUGAGUCCAUCCACGUUGCUAAUUCUCGAUCUGCUAAUCACCAGAGGUUCUUAGCCACUGGGAUCAAAGUAGCUCUCACCUCAACUAGCUGCACUAAAGAGUUGGAGAAGAAUCAAUCUGAGCCUUCCAACAACCAACAGAAAGCUAAUCAGGUUCCUGCUAAAACCCCAAGCCAGCAGCAGCAACAAACUUCUUCUGCUACUCAGCUUCCGUGGGCUGUUGACGAUUUCUUCCACUUCUCUGAUAUUGAAUCCACUGAUAAGAAAGGACAGCUUGAUCUUGGGGCCGGGGAGUUAGACUGGUUUUCAGAUAUGGGAUUCUUUGGUGAUCAGAUUAAUCAGGAGGCUCUUCCUGCAGCUGAAGUUCCUGAGCUUUCUGUUUCGCAUUUAGGUCAUGUUCAUUCAUACAAACCCAUGAAGUCUAGUGUUCCCAACAAGAAGCCGAGGUUUGAGAUCAGAGAUGAUGAUGAUGAUGAUGAGGAGCACUUCAUUGUUCCUGAUCUUGGCUAAAGAGCUAUUAUAUGUAAAACUAUGUGUAGACAUUCUUCAAUGUAUAAGAAGAAACAAAAACAAGAAACCUAUCUGCAACUAAAACAAGAAACCUAUCUGCAUAAGAAUGAUGUAUCAAUGUAUGGAGUUAAUGUCAUACCUAUAGUUUUGUCUUUUAAGUCGUGUAAGAUAUGUUGAGAGAGCUUAUCA